CUGUAUUGAAGUUAGCUCUGAGCAGAGCUGAGGACAGCACAGAUCAGUCUGUUUACCAGCACGUUACAACAAAUCAGGCUUUGAGAAGAUUCCUGAUAAUGUUAAUUGCACUGCUGUGAGGAAUUGCAAAUUAUGGAGAGUUCAGCAACAGCAGUGAGAGGCAGUGCGUCUGUGCUCAGGUUUCAUGCAAUUACAGAGGAGGGAAUCCCUGCUCCUAGUCUAGAGGGAAAGCGAGACAGUAAUUUGGAAAGGAAGAAAAGACAGCAGGGAAGGUGGACGUCUAACUGGAAAUGUGAGGAGGCCGAUGCUGCCAUGAACAGUAAUGAAAACGAGAAGGACGCUUUCCAAGAACAAAUGGGAUAUUCUCAAAGUGAAAAAUGCGCAGAUGUCAGUUCAAGGGCAGAGAAUUUUCCAACUGAUAUCUCCUUGGAGUUAACUGCGGUAAGACGAAAAAGUGGGUGUCCUGAUCCUAGGCUCCAAAGACAGCUAAGAGGACGACUCCGUCUUCUGGAAAAUGACAGCAGGGAGGUCACAGCAGUCUUCAGUGAGCUCUCUGCUAGAUUGCUGUCUAUUCACAGUGACCAAGACCUAAUAGUGGUGACGUUUAAAACUUUUGAAGAAAUAUGGAGGUUUCUAACCUACCAUUUGCUUGGUUUUAUAAAUCACUGCAUGGAGAAUUUAUUCCUAGGUCAAUCUUUCUGGCUUUAUUCUCAAGAGGAAGAAGAAGCAGGCAUUGAAGUCUGUAUAAAUGAAAAAUCUUUAAAUUUGAUGUACAGAAGUCUGCUAGUACAGGAAGGGGCAUUUUUUGUUUUAAGUCCUGACAAUCUGAUAAGAAAGAUUAUGGCUACAAACAAUGAAAUAAAUAUUUAUUGUGAGAAUGGAGCUCUUACUGAAGAUGCAUCAGGUGGAUCUGUGGAUGGUGACAUGACCAUGCUGUCUAGUGUUUCUUCAGAGCCAUUGAUCCCUUUUCAUCAAUGGUUUCUUAAAGUGUAUUCUGACCCUAUUGAUCUUACUUACAAAACAGAACCUAAAUCCAUCAGGCAAGUUGCAACAGGAUCCUGUCUAGCUGUGAUGAGUUAUGAAAGUACUGUGCCUGAAGAGAUUAGUUUCCAAGGAGGGGACAAAAUUGAGAUCCUUGGCUACUUCAUUGAAUGCAUGGAAUGGUUUGUUGGAAGACAUGUAUUUACUGGUCAAACAGGUUUUGUGAAGACAAGUUAUGUUGAACUGGAUGUAUCUAGAAAUAAACCACAAGAUCUGGAAUUUCUUGAAGCAGAAGAGCUAUCUUUUUUUUCAAAAGAAAAAAAUUUGGAAGAAGUGAUACGUUUACUGAAACAAACCUCAAUCACAGAUGUUUGCUCUGUCUAUAGAAUAGAUCAGCUAGAAGAACUAGACUGUCAGAAUACUCGUGAAUGUGAAAUUCCAUGCCCGUGUUCUAACAUGGUGUCCACUAGCAAGAAUGGCAAGAUCGAAGAAUUCCUGGAGCGCUUCAAGGAUUUGGAGGCUACACAGGCUGGAGGGCCAACUCCUGAAGGAAAGGAUUCUGCUAGCUCUUUAAAUAGCAAAGUCUUUCCUCAGCCUCAAAGACUUUGCUUCCACAUACAUCAAGAUGAUGUUCAAGCAUCUGAAGUCUUUCAAUCACUGCUCCUGUUCUUAAACAGAAAAGAGUAUGACAGAAACUUCAAAAACCUCUACGAUUUCUCUUAUCCCUUUAUGAAUAACAUGUUUUAUGGUUAUUCAGAGGAAGAAGAACUGGUUAGCUUUUUUAGAUUAGCAAGGGAAGCAGCAAAGAAAGCAAGUAUGUCCUGGGCUCUAGCAAGGCUAUGCUUUCUAUUAGGUAGGCUGAGUGUUAAAAAGCUUAAGUUUUCCCAAGCUCGGGUUUAUUUUGAGGAAGCUUUGGGAGCCAUAACCGGAGGGUUUAGUGAUCUGUAUCUCAUAAUUGCUCUUUAUACAAACCUAACAGUCAUCUACCUGACACAAAAGAACAAAGAAAAAUGUGCGCACAUUUUUGACAAGGCCACAUCCCUUCUCAUGGGAAUCCCCAACUACAUUUGCAGUGCUGACCUGGAGUCAGAUAUUCUAAAGCAUGCUCUAAAGAGGGCAAUACUGAGCCAGAGCAAGCAUGCAGAGGCAAGGGCAUGCUUUCUACUGGCAAAACAUUAUACUGAACGCAAACAGUAUGAAGAGGUGCUACCAUUCUUAGAAAGGCUGCAGCUAUUGCUUAAUGACUUGAGUUUACAAAACAACUUGACAAAAAACUGCUAUUUCGAGCUAGCAGAGUCCUACAAUGAGAAGUGCUUACCACACAUUGUGUUAAGUUGCAUAAAGGUUGCCUCUUCCCAGAGCUCAAGUACCUUAAUGGAUUCCUUGAAGAGACUUGAUUUAGUCAUCAAAAAUGCUCCCAAGCUCUACAGCCUUAGAAAACUCAGGCAAACACUCCCAUCCCAAAUUGCACCUUACCUCACACAAGCGCUUUCCUCUGUGUUUACUACUGAACAGCAAGGACUACGCAGCUUGCUCUAUCUUAGCUUAGCAGAACUGUACAGCCACCACAAAUGGUAUGGAGAAGCCAUUGUUUACAUGAUGAAAGCACUGGACUCUGAUAUUUCUGCUAAGCCAGAGGAAACUAUUAACCAUUUGGUUUCACUUGCUUGGUUAUACGUUCUUCACAGGCAAUAUAGUGUGGCGUUAGCUAUUUUAAAUGUUGUUGUAGAUUCUUCAUGGAGUAAUCCUCAGCAGCUAGGUGUUGUUUAUAAUAUGCUUGCCAUUGCUUUAAAAAGAACAAACAAUACAAGAGAAGCUGUGGAGAACUGCUACAAAGCACUGCGUCUUUCAGAAGAGACUGAUAGGACUCACAACCAAGCUAUAGCCCUGGCUAAUUUCGGGGCGCUUUGCCUGCAUGCAGCAGCCAGUAAACUGGCAGAACACUAUUUUAUCAAGGCAGUGAAGCUGUUCUCCAAACUUCCAAGUCCGGAUUGUGGCCAAGAUUUUAUUCAAGUCCUCCUUCAGCUGGGAUGUUACUAUGUUAGUGGAACUCAGAGAGAAAAAGGAAGGUUUUAUUAUGAAUGGGCAUUUUUAGUUGCAAUGGAGACAAGUCACCUGGAAAGUCAGCUUCAAGCUAUUAAGCUGCUGUGUCAAUUCUACAGUACAGUUAUUCCCAAUGAGGCUCAGUGUGUCAUCUACAAUGAAUAUCAGCUAUCUUUAGCUAGAAAGAUGUCCAACAAAGAUUUGGAGGGACAAAUUUUGGAAACCAUUAGUCAGCUCUAUCUGUCUCUAGGAACAGAAAGGGCUUACAGAUCAGCUCUGGAAUAUACCAAAAGAAGCCUUGGAAUAUUUAUAGAUCUUCAGAAAAAAGAGAAAGAGGCAUAUGCUUGGCUACGGGCAGGAAAGAUCUAUUACAUUCUUAGACAAAAUGAACUUGUGGAUCUUUAUAUUCAGGUUGCUCAGGAUGCUGCCCUUUACACAGGAGAUCCAAAUUUAGGAAUGGAAUUGUUUGAAGCUGCUGGAGACAUAUUUUUCAAUGGUACUUGGGAAAAGGAGAAAGCUGUGACUUUCUAUAGGGACAGGGCUCUUCCACUUGCUGUUGAGACGGGUAACAAAAAUGCUGAACUCCGAUUAUGCAACAAGCUGGCGGAAUUGCUGGUGAAUCUGAAGGCUUAUGAGGAAGGUCUGGAGUAUGCAAGACUAUCCCUUAUACUCAGUGUGAAUUUAGGAAAUCAGCUAAAUGAACGAGUAGCUUACCAUCGACUGGGUGCCAUCCAUCAACACCUGGGUCACUGUGAACUUGCAGAACACUUCUACUUGAAAGCCUUGUCCCUCUGUUCCUCUCCUUUGCAAUUUGAGGAGGAAACACUGUAUUAUGUGAAGGUGUACUUGAUCUUAGGAGACAUCAUAUUCUAUGACCUAAAGGACCCUUUUGAUGCCGCGGGCUAUUACCAUUUGGCACUGGCUGCUGCCAUGGACUUAGGCAAUAAAAAAGCGCAACUGAAGAUUUACACAAGACUUGCAGUAAUCUACCAUAAUUUCCUUGUGGAUCGGGAAAUGUCUCUCUUCUUCUAUCAGAAGGCAAGGACCUUUGCAACUGAGCUGAAUGUGAGGAGAAUAAACCUAGCUCCUGAUCGAUGUUAUAUGAGUUCGUGAGCAUCACUUUUUAAUGUUUUAAAUGUCUCUUUGCUAACUGUUUCUGCAUAGCUGGAUAUUGGGAAAUGAUCAAUGCAUAUCUGCAGUGAAAUAUAUUUAAUAGAGCAUUGCAGAGAAAUAAUGCUCCAUGGAAAGCUGUGGCUUUCUUUGCAUGACCUAUCUCUAUUGUAUUUACUCAGUGCUGUAGAAAUAUUUGCACAAGCAUGUUAGGGUAUUUGGUAACAGGUUUGAUCCACUUCCCCAGGCAUCACCCCUCAUUUCCCCUCAAACUCACCUACUGCAGAACUCUUGAGCUCUAAUUAAGUGUUACCUUUGUAUUCGUGAAAAUGCUUAUCAUGUGCAUGUUGUGACAACUAAUUCUUUUCAGAAAUGAGAACUCUAAAAUGUAAAUUGUAGUCUUGUGGAUUGCAGUGAUAAUGUGAAGGCACUUUUCCUCUUUUCAAAGACAAUUUUGUUAAUUGACAAUUUUCAUAACUGUCAGUAUUGUUUGCAAUGACUCAUUAUAAUACCUACUUCAGCCUUACUUAUAAUUAUAUAAUGUCCAGAAAAAUGUAUUUAUUCACUUCAAUCACAAAAAUUCUGUGUUGUUACUUUUGAUAGCUCUAAAUCUCUGUGCCUUAAAGAUUUUUCAUAGCAAAGCCAUGGUAGAAAUGAUAUAGUAGACCAUGCUGUAUAUUUUGAGAAGGCAUGUGUAUGACGGAAAAAAGCCUGAUAAAUUUGCAAUUAAACAUUCAGACAAAUUUUGAAGUAAUGCCUUAGCAUUCUCUGUAACAACUUCAUAAAGCGUUUAUUGUAUUUUUAAAGGCCUUUACAUGGGAUGGAAGUAUGGAAGUGGGUUUUUUCGUCUGGAAGAUGCACGCAAAGGCUCAAGAACAAUCAAAGAGUUGUUGGCUAUAUAUUCUGUUUGCUUAUAUUAUCUAAACUGGGGAAAGAGGUGCAAACUUUUUCUUUUUUUUUCUGGUCCACAUAGUCUCAUUGCUUUUACUGUCUGCCUAAGAAUCUUUCUCUUCCUAAAAUCUUCUUUUCAUCUAUGUAUUUGGGCCUCUGACUUUUGUGUCUUUCUGUCCUUGUGACUUCUUUAUUUUUUUGGGUCCUUCCACUGAAGGAACAGAGUACUUAUAUGUAACCUGGAUGAUAAACUGCUACUUCAGAUACUCUCCAGAGAGGUGAGAGUAUGAAUUCGUGCUUUUAGGCUUAGAAGGGCACAGCUAGGCCUGCAUCUUCUUCCUUAGUGACUGCUGUAACCAUUAUUCUAUAGAACAGACAGCUGCCACUGUUGUGAUAAUAAUUGUGUGACCUAUUAAGUACCUUCGAGAGAUUUGACUUCUGGGUAGACAGACGACCUCUCUGCAAUGCUGCCUUUGGCUCAGGGCACCUGAAAGUGGAGUUGGGACUUCAGUCCUAUACCUUUAGGCUUAAUACUUCCUAUUUACUAUUUUUAGAAGGCUCCUCGCAUGUUUUUUUGGUUUUCUCUUCAGACACUGUAUAGCAUAUUUAGGUGUUUGUAUCCUCAGUUUCAUUCUGAGGCUUUAUCUGAUUAGAUGGCUAAAGAGUAAAUAUGAUAGUCCCUUGCUUGUAAAUGUUUCACUCAUUAAAUUUAUCUCAGCUCUUUGCUUAACAACUAAAAAAAGCUUUUUGAUGGAUAGGGAAUCAGAUCUCUAAUGUUCCGAUUGCAGAAAUACAUCUACUGCUCAGAGCAAAUCCUUGCGCAAUUUUUUCAGUCACAAUCGGAUUUGAACUAAGCAUUAAAGUUGAAAUUUUUACUGUUCAGGUAUCUUGGGAACUUACCUGGAAGACUCAAGAUUCAGACUGGUGUCCUAUUGUCCCACUCAUUAUGGGAUCCCACUAACCAUGGAAAGUUGUCCCAUGUCCUUUUCUUUGUCUUCAUCUGAAAGUUUAACAGAAGUCUUAAAUGAUCUCUUCAGAGCUGGGAAAAUGUUGGAUGCUGCUCUGUUUAUUAAUUUUUUUCAGUGUUUGGCAGACUGUUUUUCAUUUCAGUUGGCUUUAAGAAUAGAUAAACUUACCUCCCUCUGGUCUGAUUGCCGUAAUCACAUGUAGUCUCUUUGUAUUUCAGGAAGGGAAGCUGCGCUUCCUAUCUGAAAUUCAAUUCUACUGAUAAGAACUAUUUUCUUUCUUGCAUUGCUGCUUCAUCUGCUUGCCCUGAUUCCUCAGAAAUCUUGCUUUCAUAGCAAUCCAGCCAUUCAUAUUAAUUCACCAUUUAAUGUUAAAUUGUGCUUGUGCAGCAUACAGCACACUGAAUUUCUUGUGCACUUCCUUCAAGCCUGUUGAGCAGCAUAAAAAAUUUAGCUGACUUUUGAAAAGGCAGUACCUGAAUUCUCUCUGCUUGCUCUGAUGACAAAGCUCUGUUUCUGCUUUCAGAAAGUGGUUAAAGUGAGUCACAGGUAUGGAAUUUCCAAGCACUACAUUUCUGUUAAAUGUGAGAUGGCAUUUAGGUUUCAAAAACUGCUUCAAAAUCCCUUGGACUUUUAACAAUCUCUUUUUCUUCAGGACUAACAACAUAAUUUUAUGAUUCUGUGAUCAUGUGUCCAAUGCACUUGUGUAGCAAAGCUGAAGUUUACAAAUUCUGUGAGGGACUGAAUCUGGCCUGAAGGAUUUUAGUACUUUAACAAGAUGUCUGCUUUGCUGGUCAAAGGAUCUGUCCUGUGGAGUUCAAAUGCGUCUAAAAUGAGCCAUAUAGCUCGUCUGUCACAACCAUGCUCUUAGAGGCUUUACUGUCAAGUUCUGUUGCAUUUGAUCAGGAAUAGCAGGCUGCAUCUUACCUGUCAGAUGGCCAUACUCCCUUCAGCAUCACAGGAUGGUCAACUCAAAAGGUCUAAAAUGUAAAAUUUUACACGUGGGUGAGAUGAAUCUUACCUGGGCUACGCCCUGGUGCAAGUCUAUAUAGAGUGUCUCAAAUUAUCAGACUUCCAUCCAUAUACUCCCUGCAAGUUUUUCCCAUAGCUGUUAGGUGAAGAAUUUUAACUAGGUAAUUGGCAAAACAUUUUUCUAGUUUAAUGAAGCAAAAAGUCAGAACAGCAUGGAGUCUGGACGUCUCCUAGCUAGAGAACAAAAAGCGUAUAACUGCAGGCCUUGUAUGUUGGAAAAGACAGUGACAAGUAGGAUGUUUGCAUGAUAAAUGGAAAAAAAACCCACAGGAACCAGCUGUAGAUUCAGAGGUCUUAAAUACAGAACUAAUUAUAUAGCUAGUUAGCAGCAAAAGUUUGAGACUGUUAAUGAGUCAAAAAAGGCCUGCUGAGCUGUUAAGGGCCCUGCAGCUGUUGACAUGCUGUAGGUAUUGCUGCUUGAUGUUUUUUUUAAAAAAAAAUAAAAAAAAAUCCUUUGUACCAAAUUUCUGCUUCCAGGAAGGCCAUCAACUGGUGCAGGUGAGCAGCCAUGUACGUACAGCCCCAUCAGAUGUGUACCCAGACGCUUGUGGCGUUUUCUCAUCCAUGAAUGACAUAAGUUGUCAAAUGUCACCCCUUCAUUUUUAAAAUAGGAUUAGAGAGAAGGAGAUGGCAGUGUUGCUGUCAUUGUAUGUAAUAUUUAAUUACUUGAAAAGGGUAAUCUCCUCCACCCCAAUGCUUUUCUCAGUCUGUAGAAGCUUGUAUCUCUGGAGAGGAAAAUACAGAGUAUCCUAACCAGUAAUCAAGGGGCCUGUCCUCCUCUCUGUCUCCCCCUGCUUAGGUAGAAAGGCAUGCCAUAUUUUACGUGCUAUCUGGAUGUGUGUGAAAGGCAGCAUGACCCUUUUCCCUCAUGGUUAAGGAAUUUACCUUAGGGAGUAAAGGCGUGCUGGGCACCAGCCCCUGCCUUUUGAAUGACUUGCAUUAAACACCUUUGCAUAAGAUAUGGUCUCUGGCAUGGAAAGCGGCACAUAGAAUUCCUGGUUAUUUGAUGUCCGUUCAUCUUUUUCUUAGACUAAGAGCUCUGUCUUCUCAUGUCCCCAUUUUUGCAACUUUUGCCUCCUCGGAACUGGCUUCAUGCUGCUUUUAGAGGGAGGUAUAGAGGGCCUAAUCCAUUCAUUCUUAACUUUAUUUUUUCCAGGGCCACUGCUAAUUUUAAGCCUUUAGCCACACGGUGGCACUCCCUAGCUUUAAAUAAGAGGCCUCCAGUCCAGAAGGUCAAGGAAUCCAAAAACCUGAAAAUGUAACACACUGUUCCUCGCUUACUCUUCUUUUCCAACCAAAAAUCUAACAUUUCUUAAAGACCAACCACCCCCAACCCACAUACAUAACAACAAAAAAAUCUUCAAAAAUCAUGGCAUAGGUCCUUGCUCUUGUUAAAUCCCCUUCCAUCAGGACAAAAGAAACAAGAUCUUCCCCCAAAGAAGCAUUUUUAUCUUCUUCCACAAAGAAAAUUUGCUGCAAGAAAGCAAUGGGGCACUUAGAGGGAGUGAGACGAGUUGAAGAGAGUCAUUUUAAGCUACUUUAUAAGAACUUCAGGCAUUUCAAUUGAUUUGUCCACAAAAAACCCAGGAGAAGUUGGCUGCUCUGAGAUAGUGCACAAUUUUAUUUGGCAAUCAGAAAACUGAAAUACAACCAUGAAAUCCUAUGAUAGAGAAAAACAUAGAAAACGAUGUGAGAAGCUACACACUGAAAAACAUUCGUGUUAGUUUAAAAUGGUCAACUUUUGACAGCUAAAUAAAUGCUGUCCUGUAUGAGCCUGGUGUUACAGUAUUCUGGGCAGUGAUCCAAUAUAUUCAAAUUACUUAACAUACAGAGCUCAAGCAAACCACUUUUGCUGAAAACAUCUCAAAGAUUUUUAGCAACGUUGGCAGCAGUCUUCUUGCUUGUGUGAAUUGUUUGCAGGGUUUUAUUGUCUCUUGAGGUGCUAAGGAGAAGUUCCUCUAAAUAUUUCACUCCUAAAGCUUUCUUGCUUUCAUUUUCCUAUUUCAGAUAACAAAAGGGAGGAAAGAUAAUGUUUAAUUUCCCAGAAGAUUUAUCUCUAUCUGGCAACUGUGAUCACCGAGUGGGCAGGUUUAGUUUCCUUUGCAGUGCAUUGACAUACCGGGGUGAUUGUAACUUUGCAUGAAAAAGAAAACUAUACAAGAUUACCCUGACUUGAAUUAUCAUAAAACUUACAUGUCACUUAUACACUGAAUUAUUUUAGGGAAUUAUUUCCUGGGCAACUCUUGAAAAUUUUCAGCAGGUGUUUUUCCUGAUGUGGCAGAAAUACAAAAUCUGCUUUAAGUGUCCUUCUUUUGCCAAGUCAACAGAAGGGAAUUUCACUAUUUGCAUGGAAAAAUGUUUCAUUUUAUAGAAGCUGGAGUAUGAUAAAUGGAGUGUUUUUGCUUCUUUAAAAAUAACAAGGCUUCUUUCUGUACAUUUUCUGAAAUAUGUCUAACAUCACUGGCUAUUAGACAUCAGAACACUACAUUAUAUGAGUAGAACUAUAUUUGGGAGAGACAGACUUUCCAGGAGCAAAUCCAUUCUCAAGGUAAGGAAAGAAUUUGCCCAAGAAUUAUGGACCAUGAUCCACCUGCUCUUUUAUAUUUCAAGUACAGAUAUACUUCUGCGUGCCUACCUUUUAUAAUAUGUCAUAGCUAUGUGUGUGAGACAGAACACACACUGAAGAAGGAAAUUCUAACCUAUUUUUAAAAAACCUAGAAGCAGUAGCAUAUGUUAUUAGGACAUAUGAAGGAACACCUAAGCAAUGCAAAGCUUGAAGGAAAACAUUGUCUCCUUUUCCUGGAGGUGGUGUUCUAAAUUUUAGCCUUUGGUCACAAAUAAACUCUGGGGUGGGUGGAAGAGAAGCAUAUUUUAAUGCGAAUUAGGGACUGAACUCCCAAAUUAAUGUCUAUAUUCUAUAAUUUAUCAUAUCCAUAUAAUAACUCAAAAAAAAUUUCAAAUGCAGGUGGGUAGAUGAAGAA